AGAAGCCAUGGCUGCAGAGAGCCCCGUGGAAAGUCUCCAGGAGGAAGCAACAUGUCCCGUCUGUCUGGAGUAUUUCACAGAACCUGUCACUCUGGAGUGUGGGCACAAUUUCUGCCGAGCCUGCAUCAGCCAGUGCUGGGAGGGAUCCGAUACAGCCGCCUCCUGCCCUCAGUGCAGAGAAACUGUGCAGCAGAGAAACCUCAGGCCCAACAGGCAGCUGACAAACAUGGUAGAAAUCACCAAGCGACUGAGUUUACAGCCAGCAAAGGGAGCAGGAGGGGACGGGGUGUGUGGGGAACACCAGGAGGCUCUGAAACUGUUCUGUGAAGAGGAUCAAACCCCCAUCUGUGUGGUGUGCGACAGAUCCCGGGCUCACCGCGCUCACACGGUGGUUCCCAUAGAGGAGGCUGCCCAGGAGUACAAGGAAAGAAUCCAGGCCCAUUUGAAGACUCUUAGGGAAGAGAGAGAAAAGCUGCUGGGAUGGAAAGCGACUGGAGAAGGGAAUUGGCGAGAAUAUCUGGACGUCAGAGGCACCGCAAAGAGGCACGUAGCCCCUUCCCCGCCCCCACCUCAUACUUCUUGA